ACAGAUAAUAGAUUUAUGCAAAAAAAAAAUAAAAAUAUAGAAUUGAAUGAAUUCAUACACUGUUCUACAAUCAAAGUAAAAAUCGGAUAAUUUGUUCACUGUGUUGUUUCAUUUUCCUGUUUGAUUUGUUUGAUUGAAUGAAGUUCGGGAAGGAGUUCAAGGUACACUUGGAGGAUACCCUUCCGGAAUGGAGGGACAAAUACUUGCGCUACAAACCCUUGAAGAAGCUUCUCAAGUCCCUCCCCGCCCAUCCUUCCGCCGCCGCCGCCGCCGACGAUAGCUUCCAGCCACCGCCGCACUCGGAGCUGCAUGACUGGUUCAUCAGACUACUCACUGAAGACCUCGAAAAGUUUAACGAUUUCUACGUUGAGCAAGAGGAAGAAUUCAUUAUUCGCUUCCAGGAAUUGAAGGAAAGAAUUGAGCGGGUGAAAGAGAAGAGUGGAAGAGAUGUAGCUUCCACAUCAGAGAGUGAAGAAAUGAUGGAUAUACGUAAAGACUUUGUUGCCAUACAUGGGCAGAUGCUUCUACUUCAGAAUUAUAGCUCCUUGAAUUUUGCAGGUCUUAUGAAGAUUCUGAAAAAGUAUGAUAAACGAACUGGGGGGUUGCUACGUCUACCUUUUACGCAGUUUGCUGUUCAUCAGCCCUUCUUCACAACCGAACCUCUUACCAGAUUAGUACGCGAGUGUGAGGCAAAUCUCGAGCUUCUCUUUCCUCUGGAAGCAGAAGUUAUCGAAUCCACGGCCGCUGCACACGACCACGCAGAAGCUUCCUCUUCAAAUGCUUCCACCAUCUCCCCAGACACUACACUGCAGCUCGGGGAAAAGAAUGUGGACAUAUAUCGGGGCACACUUGCUGCAAUAAAAGCUAUACAAGGCCUAAGAAAGGCGAGCUCAACUUCAAAUCCACUGUCGUUUUCAUCUCUCUUGGGGAAUCAAGAUAACGACAGUACAGGCUCCAUAACUGCAGAGAACUCGUCUGCCUCUCAGGACGACGAAGAAAUGAAUCAGGAAGCCGAGGUAUCCCAUUCCCCCAAAUAGAAUUCCCUUUGUGUUUAACUUUUUAAGCUGAACAGUCUUUUAGUUCUUUGCAAUAAGUGCUCACCAUUACAGUAUAAUAACCCAAGGCCAUACAUAUAUAGCGGUGUAUCGGUAUACGCUACAAUCAAAAUUAAAUAUAUUCGUUUACUCUGACUAUUGAGACGAAAGAAGUUGAAAGUUAAAUGCCAUUGAAUUGUGUGAUGUUUCAAGACAUGCCCCAAGCAUGAUCUGGGAUCUAGUUGGAUUAAUAAUAGGAUUGAAUUAGAGUAAGACUAAAUAUUUACAUUUGUAUUAUCUUGGAAUGUAUGUCUACUUGCAUUUUAAUUGAUA